CGUUACAAACGACACAACACAAGAAACCUCAAACGAAACAAAACAAAAAAAAAUACCAAAAAUAACAACAACAAUUGCUUCUGGACAAAUCCAACACAACCAAUAUUGAAAACGAGGAAUACCAUUGAUCCUUUGUUGUGUGAAAAAAACUAGGAUUAUUUUCGUUUGUGAUUUGUUUCUUUUGUGAUUCAAAUACCCUAUUAACUAAAUCUCAAAACCUAAAACACGCACACACUCACCAUCACUUAGACACAGGGAUUAUCCUCUGAGUGUUUAGGAAGUUACUAGUGUAAUAUCGUUUGUAGUGUUAAUUAAGUGCCCCCAGCAACAAAAUAAUCUCUAAAAUGAUGAAAUCAUUGAAUUGUGCUGAUCUCGUUUUCUGUUCCGUUUUGUUCUUGGCAAUUUGUUCUUAUUCGAAAGCUGAACUCGAACAAACCAAAAAUCGACGAGCUGGUGGCACAUCUGGCCUUUAUGCCUUCCCUCGUGUGGGACGUAGUGAUCCAAGUCUAACCAUGGGCAAUGUUCAUAAUUCGGAAGCAGAAAAUGCUGCAGCGGCAGCAUUUGAUGCCCUAUACGCGGGUUCUUUUGAAGAAUACGAAGAAUAUCCCAAAUCCGAUUUGAAACGUGCCAGCCUCUUCAAUGCUCCUCGCGUAGGCCGCAUGGAUCCUGAAGUGCGUAAAUGGGCACGAUUUUUGGCGAUGCAACAAUCUCUGGACAAGCGAGCUGGUCCCAGUGCCACAACUGGUGUUUGGUUUGGACCCCGUUUGGGUAAACGCAGUGUAGAUAGCCAAAGCGUUGAUACCACAAAGGGCCAAAAGGAAGAAUAUUAAAUAUAAACAACAAAUUAUGUUUUAAAACACAAAGAGAAGAAAAUCUAAUGACGAUGACGACCCCUGGCAAAAUUCAUCAAUGGCUUUGAGCGAAAUGGCAACACACAUACUUACACUUAUAUAAAUACAUAUAUACACACAAAACACGAAACUAAAAUAUAUAAAUGCUACUUAAAAAAAAAAAAAAAAAAAAAAAAAAAAAAAAAAAAAUACAGUCAAAGCAAGAAGAAAAAGAAAACUGAAGAGGUGCAUUCGUAAUUUGCAAAGAGAUCAAUUUUUGAAUUUUAUUAUUAUUUUGAAAUUAACACAUUAUUAUUAGCCUUAUUAUGGACCCCCAUAUUAUUAUAUAUUCAAACAAAAGUCGUAAUUAUCUGCGUAUGUAUAACGGCAAACGAUUAUUAAGGGUUUAGUCUUUAAAAAACUCUAGCUUUAGUCUUAGGGUUGAUGUUUUCUUCUCAAAAAAAAAAACAAAAACUCACAUGGGCUGGUGUGGGCUCUCAUUUGAUAUCACAUGGGUGGCCUUAAGUCAACCAAAAGUCUGGUAUCUAAUGAAAGUCCUAACAUUUCUUUAUUUAUAUUCUAUCUCUCUAAACAUCAACUUAACUCUAAAAGAAAUAUGAAAUAUUUUAUUGUAAAUAAUAUUUAUAAUGGAUAAAUUUGAUAUAGGUGUAUUCGGACAAUUAUACUAAGUUAUAUUGUUACAAAUCUUAUACGGAUAUAUGUAUAUUUAACUAUACUAAAAAAUGCCACACAUUAGUAGAAAAAAAGAAAUAACAAUAAACAAUUAAUAACAAAGCGCAAACUGAACAAACAACAAAAUAUUUGGUUUUAUUAGAAACAGUUUUAGUUUUCAGUUGAGCCCAAUAAUGAUUGAAUGUACGUUUAUAAUUAAGGAACAUUUGGAAGAAAAUAAAUUAUUUUUAUUUAUAUUUAUUCAUGCUACAUGUCCGUCGGUUCAAAUUUCCAUAAAACCAAGGAAACAACAAACAAAGCCAAUGCGAACAUGCUAUUAAUGCUGGCUUUCCGUCCGAUUUUAUCGAUAGAAAGAGCUAUCAAUCGAUAGUUUCAUCGAAAAAAAACUAUCGGUAUUGUAAUUGGUUAUUUGUCAGCUCUAAAUUGGCGUCCUUUUUAAUACAAUUUGAAUUGUUUUCCUUAAUUGUUUUUAAUUUAAUUAUUGAAAUUAUUAUGAGUAAAUACGAAUAUGCUAAACGUUUGAAACGUAUGCUUAAUAAUGAGUGUGAAAUUACCGAAAUGGAAACAAACAUCGCGCGCAAAUGUGGCAAGCAUUACGAACAGAUGACCAAAUUAAAGACCAUGUUAAACAAACAGGAACAUGAACUUAGUCGAUACCGAGAUCAAUUGGAAAAACUGAGGAUACAAACAGAAAAAUUUGAAGAUUUUGUGCUGGCCGAAGAGGAACGCUUGAAAGGUAUUCAUCAAAAUAUUGAAAGAUUACGUAAAGAAUGUGAUGAGACGGAACAACAACGUCUGGCACAAAGAAAACAGGAAUUGACCAGAAGGAGAUUUAUUCAUGAAAUAAAGGAGACCACACAAAUGUACUUUAACGAGGAUGCCCUGCCGCACAGGUUUCAAGGUGUUUGCAUCGAACGUACAGAGACAUCCUGCGAAUGGAAACCGUUUUGUGUUGAUGCCAAACAAUGGCUAGAGUUUCUAGAAGAACAAUGGAAACAGCAACAACACGAAAAUAAAGAAAACAAUGCCCCCAAUCCAAUGGAAUGUGAUGAAAGUGCACAAAAAGGGAAAUAGUUAUAGAUUUUAAUAUAAGAUUUGUUUUUUUA